GGGCAGCCCCGGCCGGGCCCCCUAUAUAAGUGGCGCGGGGUCCUACGGGCGCGGCCCUGUCACGCUCGCACGGGGAGGAGGCUGAGGCGGCGAUGGCGGAUUUUGAUGCUUAUGACGACCGGGCCUACAGCAGCUUCGGCGGAGGCCGGUCUCGUGGUGGUGCUGGCCCUGGUUCUCGUAAACAGAAAGAUCUGCCAACAGAACCCCCUUUCACAGCAUAUGUGGGAAAUCUACCGUUCAACACUGUUCAAGGAGACAUAGAUGCAAUCUUUAAGGAGCUCAGUGUAAGGAGUGUACGACUAGUCAGAGACAAAGAAACAGACAAAUUUAAAGGAUUUUGUUAUGUAGAAUUUGAUGAGGUGGAAUCACUUAAGGAAGCCUUGACAUUUGAUGGUGCACUCUUGAAUGACCGACCACUCCGAGUGGACAUAGCCGAGGGCAGAAAACAAGACAAAGGGGGCUUUGGCUUCAGAAAAGGUGCUGGGCCUGAUGACAGAGGAAUGGGAGGAGGUCCUCGAGAGUCAAGAGGAGGUGGAUGGGAACCUAGAGAUGACUUCAGUUCUGGCUUCAAAGAUGAUGAUUUCUUGGGAGGCCGGGAUAGAGGAACUCGUCCUGGUGGAGAUCGUCGAACAGGCGCCCCCCCAAUGGGGGGUGGUGGGACUGGUCGCUUUAGAGAUGGACCUCCCCUUCGUGGGACUUCCAUGGACUUCAGAGAGCCAACAGAAGAGGAAAGAGCACAGCGGCCCCGACUUCAGCUCAAACCUCGAACAGUUGCUACUCCCCUCAAUCAAGUAGCCAACCCUAACUCUGCUAUCUUCGGUGGAGCCAAGCCCCGAGAGGAAACAGCAAAAGAGCAAGAAUGAGCUUGGGGCUGAGGGAAUGGGAGUGGAGGGGCUGGGGGCGGGCAGGAGAAUAAGCAAGACAGCACAGAGUGACUAGCUCUGCUGGAACGUCUACCCUGCAGUUACCAUUCCUGCCAUCUGAUGCUUGUCCUCUUUGAAACCCAAAACACAGAGCUUGUGAAUGCAUGUCAGCUGUUAACAAGUGGUUUUUAGUAUGUUCUUGGCUUUGCUGUAUCUAGUGCCUGCUUUGUGCUAAGUUUUCCCUCCUCUGCUUUUCCUUCCAUCAUCUUUGAAGCACACUGUUUCCAGCAGGUAAAUCAGUGGCUGCUUCCACCAUUGUGGCAUCCUCUCUAGACUAAGGUGCUGCUUCACUUUCUCUUUUUUCUGAGUUUGUUUUACUUUAGAAGCACAGGUUAGACUUAAUUAUUAUCCAGUAUCAUUUUCUUUUGAUGUUCUCAGUGCUCCUCUUCUGACCUGCAUGUUUUGUUCUGUAUUGCUGUGGCUCUAAAGAGGUAAACUGAAGAGUCCUGGCAAGGUGAACAGUAUCAGUAAGCUAUACAGCCCCUGACCUUGUAGAAUUAGGUACCAUAUGCAAUGGUGAAUAAGAAGAUUACCAUAUACAACAGUAGAGCUCCAUAUAACUAAGAAAACAAAUUAGGUUGUCCUUUCCAAUGGUAAGGGGAAAAUAUCCCUUCUAAACAGAUAGAAGUAAAAGAGAAGAAAGAUCUCCAUUAAAAUAUCUGUGUAUAGUGUGCAAGGAAAUCCUCCGGGCUGACUGUACCUUGUAAUUGAUUUCACCAAGCCACUGUGGCUGUCGGUCUAUGUGAACAAAUAAAGCACUCGUUUCAAUAGGCAUACUAGAUGGGAAGAUGCAUCUGCCGUUAGGUUUUGCAACGUGCAAUCUACUUCUAGCUCCCCAAUGGUAUAAUGCUACAUUCUUUUGAACUUGCAGAUUGGUGCUAUAAAGCUUUGCCUGUUCUAGCACAUUACUACUGGCUGGCUCUUUCUGCUUACUAUUUCUUUAAGUUUUACAUGGUUGGUAAAUUUUUAAAUGAAGUUUCUACAAAUAAAGUUGACUUUUUAUUUUUG